AUGGCGCCGCAACAAAAGGGCUUUUCGUGGUCCAACAUCGCCGUUGGUUCCAUCAUGAACAUCGCCGAGGUCACGACGCUGGGUCAGCCUCUGGAGGUGGUCAAGACGCAGAUGGCGUCGAACCGACAGCAGACCAUGAUGCAGGCCCUGCGCACCGUCUCGUCUCGCGGCGGCAUCCUGGGCUUCUACCAGGGUCUCAUCCCGUGGGCAUGGAUCGAAGCCUCCACCAAGGGUGCUGUUCUGCUCUUCACCGCAGCUGAGGUCGAAAAGGUUGCCAAGAACGCCGGCUUUUCUGCGGGCUCGGCUGGUUUGCUCGGUGGUAUGACGGGAGGCAUUGCGCAGGCAUAUGCAACCAUGGGCUUCUGCACCUGCAUGAAGACCGCCGAGAUCACACGCCACAAGCAGGCCGAAGCGGGCAUCAAACCGCCUUCCACCUGGGCCGUCUUUGCCGACAUCUACCGUCGCGAGGGACUCAAGGGCAUCAACAAGGGUGUCAACGCCGUGGCGGUGCGUCAGUGCACCAACUGGGGUUCGCGCAUGGGCUUUGCGCGUCUCGCCGAAUCGCCCAUCCGCAGCCUCUCGGGCAAGUCGGAGAAGGACAAGCUCAACGCAGCCGAGCGCAUCGCAUGCUCUUCGAUCGGCGGUGCACUCGCCACGUGGAACCAGCCCAUCGAAGUCAUUCGCGUCGAGAUGCAGUCCAUGGCCAAAGCAGCCCCCGGCAGCAACCGGCCCGAAAAGCUGACGAUUGGAAACACCUUUGCCUACAUCUACAAGGAGAACGGCAUCAAGGGCCUCUACCGCGGCGUCACACCACGCAUCUUCCUCGGCGUAUGGCAGACCAUCUGCAUGGUCUCGUUUGCCGACUACGUGCGCGAGUUCAUCGGCUCCAAGUAA